AUGGGCGCCGCAAGUUUGGAAUCUUUGACCAACGAGCUCUUCGAGCACGUCGUGCAGCAUCUCGACCUCAACGAUAUCCGCAACCUUCGUCUGGCCAGUCGCUCAACAGCCUUCAAGGCAGCUCAAGAUACCUAUCGAACAUUUUUCCAGAUGAAGCAUGUCGAGCUCCGGAGGGAAAAUCUGGAAAAGUUCGUUAGGAUCACCGCGCAGGGUGGGAUGGGCUGUCUCGUCGAACACUUGACUCUCAUGGCUAUCGUCUACCACCAAGACCCUCUCCGAAAAUUCAUCAGAUCCGGCGGGGAGAAACCACCGCAAAGAAGAUGA